AAGGAAAGAUUUUCAAAUCAUAAUCAACACCAUCGACAAUUUUUAUCAACAACGACAACAACAACAACAGCUACGACUAGACAAAUGGUUGAUCCUCACGAUGAUCAUGAAGAUGGUGACAAUAAUCCUCAACAACAACAACGGCAGCAACAAUCAGACAACAAUGAAACAUUGACAAUGAUGGAUAAUAAUAAUGUUGAUGAUGAAGAUGAUAAAAUUUUAUUGAUUAAAUCACAAUCGCUAAAAUUUGAGCCAAAUAAUCAACAUCAGCAACAACAACAACAAAAAAGCCAAUAAUAAAUCAAAAUUCAUCGAAAAUUUCUCGUUCAAGAUUGGAAUCAUCCAAAUCAUUAGAUAUGGUCGAUGAUCAAAAACUUUAUGCAAAUAAUAAUAAUCACCACCAUCAUCAUAAUAAUAAUAAUAAUACAACUGCUUCAAGAUUACCACGAUCACUUACAUUAUCGUGUAAAAAAUUAUCAACAAGUCAUAAUAAUUCACCAACUACAUCAUCAUCAUCAUCAUCGAUGAAAAUUUAUGGUGGUGAACCAUUUUUUGAUGCAAUAACCAAAACCAAAACAAAAAUGGCUAGUGAUCAACAUGAACAGAAUAAUAAUAUUGACAUGAAUAUAAGUCCAGUAACUAGUACUACAGCAUCAUUAAGUUUAAUAUCAUCAAAUAUGAAUGAUGCAAUAUUAAAUGUCAUGAAUGAUGAUGAUGAUGAUGUUGAUGAUAAUGUUGUUGUUGAUGAUGAUGAUUAUCAUGAUGAUGACAAUAUUAUUGAUGUACAACGUGGUCGAUUAUUAACCGCUAUUGAUGAAUCAUCAUUAUCACCAUUGCCAAGUCUGAAUUCUAUUAUAAAUUGUGCUGCUAAUGAAUCUAAUGACAAUAAUUCAACACCAAUGAAUGGUGUUGAAAACAAUAAUAAUGAUGAUGAUGAUGAUGCCAUUAUCAUGAUGAUGACUGAUGAAAAAUCUGUCGAUGAACCUGUUGAUGAUAUGAUUAUUGAACCACCGCCACCACAGCCAUCAUCAUCAUUAUUAUCGUUGAAACAAGAUGAACAUCAACAACCUGAAUCUGUAAUUAUGGAUGAUGAAGAAUCAGAAGUUUUAUCAUUAAAUUCUAUUGAUAUUAUACAAGAAACAAAUAAUCCAGAUUCAUUAUCAUUAAAUGGUAAUGUUGCUGUUGAUGAUAAAAAUGAAUCAAAAUCCUUGAUGAAUAAACGAACGAAUAAAUCGACAAAAUCUACAGAAAUUUCGAAAAUUAAAUCUAUUAAACGUUCUACAUCAUCAUCAUCAUCGACUACGACCAAAACAUUGUUGAAUGUAUCAACAGCGUUGAUGAAAACACAAUCACAUCAGAAUCGAUUAAUAACAAAAAAAUCUGUUACAGCUACACGUAAUAAUAUUGAUUAUCUGAAUAGGAAAAAUUUUCAAUCAAAAAAUGGCAAUAAUAAUUGUUUUACUAGUAGUAGUAAACCUUGUUCGACAAAUGUAUCUCGUUGCACAACACCAGCAUUGUCAGAAACCGAUUCAGUUUGUUCAUCAUUGUCGACAACAACAAAUCCUACAAGAACUAAACGUUCAACAAAAAUGUUGACCAAUUCUGUACAGAAUGUUAAUAAUAAACGGCCAUAUUCUUCCAGUAUCCGUAAUGUUCAUCAUGUUCACCAAAAUCGUACAAUAACUACAAAUCAUUCGCAUCCAAAAAUUGUGAAUAAUACAAACGAUGCAAAUGGUGGUGGUGGUGUUGGUGUUGGUGGUGGAAUGAAAAAAAGCACCACAUAUACUCGUUUAACACAAACAAAUGUUACAUCAUCAUCAUCGACAACACGAAAAGAAAAUGUCAAUCCAUUGAUAAUGAAUACGAAUGAUAUGAUAAUUACUGGAACCGGAUCCAACAUCACUGGUAAAAAUCCUCGAUCAUUUGCAAAGCCAACGGCAAGUUAUUUACGAAAAGCAACAACAAACAAUGUUGCAACGCUACAAACAUCUUCCGCAUUAUCCAAUAUUGGAACGACCAAUGGUAUAGUAUCGGCUUCAUCAUCAUCAUCAUCAUCGAUUCCAUCUUCGGUAACCAAGACAGCUAGUUUGAAUAAUAAAUCAAAUGUUGGUAAUGGAUCAUCGUCCCAUGCAUUCACUGCAAAACGAUCACCAACAAUCACAUUAUUGAAUUCAUUGGCCCAAUCAAAUGCAAAAAGUACAUCAAAUUCUGCAAAUUCAUCACGCCGUUCUUCGAUUGCAUCGCCAACAAAACCACAAGUUAAUCUAAAUUCAAGUAAAAAAGAUAUACUACAGCAGCUACAAUAUUACGAAAAUCUUUGCUAUGAUCGAUUACAAUUGAUUGAAAAGAAAGCACUGGAAUUGAAACAAUUAAGCUCAAAAACGAAUGGUUUUUUAACACUUUUUUCAUUUCUUUUAACGGAGUAUCGGCCAUUUGAUACGCCAAAAUUAAGAGCCGAAUUAUUGGCCGCACAUCAAAAAUGUAGCAAUUUACAUCGAGAUUAUGAACUGGCCAAAGAAAUCACCAAUCAAAAACAGACUGAAAUAAAUCUAUUGAUGACCAAUGUUGAUGAAUUGAACAAUGUUAUUGAAGAUCAAAAAGUGAAAAUUGUUUCAAUUGAAAAUCAUUAUAUUGGAUUGAAACAAGCAGCUGAAUCAUUUGAUGAUGAACGUAAACGUCUUCAGAAUGAAUUACAAGAAACACAAGAUGAAUGUACGAAUGAAAAAGAGAUUCGUGUUGAUCUGGAAAAACGUUUAGAAAAAGCCGAAGGAUUAUUAAAAUCUGAUCGAAAAUAUAGAGAAUUGAAGGAAAAAAUUUCAAAUUAUGAAAAAGAAGUUGAUUCAUUGAAUGUUGUUGUCGAUAUGAAAACACAACGAAUUCGUUAUCUUGAAAGUGAAAAAAUGCGUACCGAAUUAGAAUUAGCCGAUUAUGAACAGCUGAAAGAAUCAUAUCAACAAUUACAACGAGAAAAUGAAGCCUUAACCGAAGCUCUGGGAAUGAAAGCAAGAAAGAAUGCCGAACAAAGUAGAGAAUUGGAUAUAUUACGAACCGAAUUGAAACGUGAAACAAAUGAACGCAAACGUUUGGCUGCUCGUUAUGAUACAUUGGAAUUUCAAUUUAAUGAAAGUAGAGAUAUGUUGACCAGUAUGAAUGCUAUGCUUAAUGAAGAAUCGAUGAAAAAUGCUGAAACCGAUGAAACAGUAUUUUUUACACCGAUGCAAUCAUCUAAUAAUUCGAAUUUCGUUGAAUCAUCACGAAAAUCUCGACCCGGAUCGAAUAGUAAUGCAGUUCGACAGCUUUUUUCCACACCGUUAAUGUCUGAUCCUCAAUUCAAAUCUCGUUAUCAUUUUCAACAUCAGGAUCCGGCAUCGGAUGCAUCUCAUCGAUUACCAGAAGUUGUUUUGAGUAGCAUAAAGUCAUCUAACUGUCGGUCAUUUCAUAAUAAACGAAAUGCGUCAAUAUCGGAAACAAAUACGGCUACAAAUGGCCAUCAAUCAUCAUCAUCAUCAUCAUCAUCAUUUCAUCAAUCAACGAAAAUUCAUACACAUACUCAUCAUAAUCCUCAUCCUCAUCCUCAUCACCAUCAUAAUAAUAAUAAUCACCAUCAUCAAGAUAUUGAUCCAAUUUCCACCGAUUCAUCAUUGGCAUCUUCGAAUAGUGAGGAACGGGAAAGUAAUAGAUUUUCCGAAUAACACAAUGAUGAUGAUGAUGAUAUACCCUUUUUUAUUUCGUUUUCUUUGCAACUAAAUUGAUUCUUUGUGAUCAUUCAAAACAAUUGUAAAAGGAGGUUGCCUAGUCACAUAUAGAAUUGCAACCUUCUCUUGUUUAACACUUGAAACGCCCAAUAAUUUAGUUUUUAGCUAUGUAUGUGGUAUAUGACACACACAUUUCAUUAAGUGUUAUACUUUUUUUACAAUACAUUGAUUACAUACAUUCCUUGUUCUUAAAGUUACAUAAUUAAAAAAAUUGUUAUUUUAAUCUUA